AUGAAUGACAAAAUCCCGCGCGACUACUACGCCGACCUCGGGGUUACACAAAGCGCGAAUCUUCCAGCGAUCAAACUCGCCUUCUACAAACUUGCAAAGGAGCACCACCCCGAUAAAUCUGGCCUUGAGGACGCCUCCGCUUUCCGCCUUGCUCGUGAGGCAUAUGAGAAGCUCUCAGACGACUCUUUUCGCAAGAAAUACGACCAAACCUAUUGGCGGGUAAAGAUGCACAACAAUUUUCAGGAACAGUCAAGGCGUACGGCAGCCGCUCCGGACAAGGACGAAGCUCAACCAAGGGAAUGGUCGCCCCCGCCAACGCCACCUAUGAAGCGGAUUUGGGAGACCGAUAUACAGUUCCAGUUUGGGAAGACGUACCAAGAGUGGCAGGCGCGAGAUAGUGAGCAUCGACAAAGGCAUCCGGAGAGGAACGCAGCGCCAUCCUAUGACUCUACUCCCCGAGCUCAUGGCCUGGAGGUAAAGAUGACUCACCCCGCUACUACUCAGCGUUGCUUGUAUAAGAGUGUACAUUGGAAGACGCAGGUUGGAGGUCAAGACUUUUGUGUGUUCUGUAUGGUUCCAUCAACAGGAGCGAGCAGGUGUCCUGGGUGUGAGGCAUUGGCGUGUCGUAAGUGUCUGGAGAAGAUUACCGAGCUGGAGCGGAGUUUCUUUGGUGGUAUUGGAUUGAGGUCGUAA